UUCCAUCGCCUUCUACAGAAAAUCGCCAUCUUUGAAGACGACUAGUCGCAGGCGUAGUUCCAGAUUCUUUGUUCGUUAUCUUCAAUCAACCGAUAAUUACUUUUAUUUGAGCCCCAGAAGCAUAACUAAAGAUGCGCCACUCAAAGCGAAUGCGCUCCCCUGGCGUCUGGCUGGAUGAGUAUGGCUGGGAAGAAAGGAUGGAGUGUCGCAAACGCAGAAAACGGGAUUCACACAGCAGCGAAAGAGAAAAUGGAUCCAGGAGAUCUCCCCAUCACAAGACAUAUGAUGGGCAUUACCUGGAGGCCCGCAAUCUAAACCAGAGGCUGGAUUCUCAGGAAGACUACAACCGUGAACGCAGCCUGGAUGUGGCCUGCAACAAUGACGGCUGUGAAGAUGCUUACAAAGACAGAGAUCUCGACUGGCACCACUACAGCAAAUCAUCUGGCCGUAGUGGUCGCAGCAGGCGAAGCAGUCGCAGGCACAGAGAUAGAAGACACAGACGCAGUCAUUCUCGACACAGGUCCUCCUCGAGGAGGAGCCAUCGCCGCAGGAGCAGGAAAAGAUCCAGGAGUGUUGAGGAUGAUGGCGAGGGUCACCUCAUCUAUCACAAUGGAGACAUGCUGAAAGCGAGAUAUGAGAUUGUGUGUACUCUAGGAGAGGGUGCCUUUGGGAAGGUUGUCGAGUGUAUCGAUCAUGACAAUGAUGGGGCUCGAGUGGCUCUGAAGAUUAUAAAAAAUAUAGACCGCUACAGAGAGGCAGCUUUGUCUGAAGUAGAGGUGCUGAAACACCUGAACACACUCGAUGCUGGCCGAAGAUAUUCUUGUGUCCGUAUGCUGGACUGGUUUGACUAUCACGGCCACAUCUGUAUUGCUUUUGAGCUGCUUGGCCUCAGCACAUACGAUUUCUUGAAGGAAAACAACUUCCAGCCUUUCCCCGUUAAGCAGAUCAGGCAUAUGGCUUACCAGAUCAUCCGAGCUGUAAAAUUUCUGCAUAAGAACAAACUGACUCACACAGACCUGAAGCCUGAGAAUAUUCUGUUAAUAGAUUCAGACUACGACAUGGAAUACAACCGAUCAAAGAGACGAGACGAGCGAACACUCAAGAACCCCGAUGUGAAAAUAGUGGACUUUGGUAACGCCACCUAUGAUCAUGAGCACCACACCUCUGUCGUCUCAACUCGUCACUAUCGUGCACCUGAGGUUAUUUUAGACCUGGGCUGGGAUCAUUCCUGUGAUGUCUGGAGUAUUGGUUGUAUCCUCAUUGAGUAUUACCUUGGAACCACCCUCUUCCAGACCCAUGACAGUAAAGAGCAUCUGGCUAUGAUGGAGAGAGUACUGGGCCCCAUCCCUACAGAUCUUCUGGAGAAAACAAAGAAACGACGAUAUGUCCACCGAAACAAGUUGGACUGGGAUGUUCACAGCUCUGCUGGGAGAUACGUCAGAAAGCACUGCAAACCCCUUAAGCAUUACAUUGUUUCCAGAAGUGAAGACCACCGGCUCCUUUUUGACCUGAUAGAGAAAUUGAUGGAAUACGAUCCAGCAAAGCGGCUCAGUCUGGAGCAGGCCCUCAGACACCCCUUUUUCGAUUGCUACUACAAGAGCAGCAGUAACUGGAAGAGAAGCAGCAGAGGCAGCAGCACCAGAAGCUCCAGCAGCAGCAGCCAUGGUAGCAAAUGAGGCUGAAAAUGUGAACCCAGCUGUUACCAUGACGAGAACGAUGGUGCUACCGGCCUCUACGUCCCACCUCUCCAGGAGAGAUUUCCUCUUGACUGUAUCAGUCACUGGCCCGCUUUGCUGUUAUGUCGAUUAAAACCGCCAUUAAGACUUAUAAUUUCCUGUUUUCAUGUCAAUUUCAAUUUAUGACUUUAUUUAAAUUCUAGUUGAAGCUUUUUCAAUUAAAGUUUUCAUUCUGUGCAUAUUUACUUGAUAUAGAUGAACAAAUCUUUUUAAUUCUUGCUCACCAGUGCUUUCUUUAGGGUUGUGGGUAUUGUUCAAAUAAAUUGUAGCAGGCUGAAAAUUUGUAAAUAGUCCUUGUUUCCUUUUCAAUUGUCUGGUUAUGUACUUAUUUUUUGCAUAUGUCAAUAAACGUGACCAGAGGGAAGAAGCA